UAUAGGAGAUCCUCGGCCUAUCAGACAUGAUGCCGUACCGAUCCAAAAGGUCCCUGCUGGUGCCCCCCAUGUUUGUCCCAGAGAACCAGCGAGCCCCCUUCCCCAGGUUAAUUGGAAAGGUGAUCUCAUCUGACAUGAAGGAAGACCACAUCUUCCGUCUGACGGGAAGGGGAGCAGAUCAAGACCCUAAGGGUGUGUUCAGCAUCAACCGACUGACGGGAGAGGUGGCAGUCAGCAGAGCUCUGGAUCGAGAGGCCAUUGCGUACUACCAUCUCCAGGUAUCCACCACUGACCUAAGUGGCAGAUUGGUAGAGGGACCAGUAGACCUGGACGUGUCUGUUAUUGACCAGAAUGACAACCGUCCGGUGUUCAAGGAGCCGCGUUACUCUGGGGAGGUUCUGGAGGGCUCCCCCACAGGCACUACAGUGAUGACCAUGACGGCUUACGACGCGGACGAUACCAACACGGACAACGCUGUACUACGCUACAUCAUUGUGAGACAGCUGCCCGAUAAACCUUCGCCCAAUAUGUUCUACAUCGACCCGGAGAGAGGUGACAUUGUCACUGUGAUAGCACCCCAUCAGCUCGAUAGAGAGACUCUUCCAACCACGCAGUACGAGCUAGAAAUUGUGGCGAAGGACAUGGCGGGAAGUGAGGUGGGACUGACAGGAACUGCAACAGCAACCAUCACCAUCACAGACAGGAACGACCACGCACCUGAGUUUACACACUCACUGUUUCAGGCAUCAGUAAAUGAGGGAUCAACUGGGGUGGUUGUUAACCUGACAGUGGACGACAGAGACGACCCUGCCACUGGAGCCUGGAGAGCUAUCUACUCUAUCAUCAAUGGAGAUCCCAACCAGAACUUUGAGAUACAGACCAACCUGGACAACAAUGAAGGGAUGCUGUCAGUAAUAAAGCCUCUGGACUAUGAAAGUUCAAUGUUUAACACACUGCUAAUAAAAGUGGAAAACGAAGACCCUCUGGUUCCUGAUGUUGUGUAUGGCCCCAGCUCUACAGCGACGGUUUACAUUACAGUUAUGGAUGUGAAUGAAGGACCUGUGUUCUUCCCAGAUCCUCUGGUUGUCAUCAGAAGAGAAAAUAUUCCCAUAGGGAGCUUUGUGGCCAUGCUGAAUGCUACUGAUCCGGACUACCUACAGACGCAGAGCAUAAGGUUCACUGUAUUGAGAGACCCAGCAGACUGGCUGAUCGUGAACCCCUUCAAAGGCAAUGUCACCACCAGGGCGAUACUGGACCGCGAGUCUCCACACGUUCACAACAACCAGUACACUGCUCUCUUCAUGGCCACAGAUAACGGAAGUCCACCCGCUUCAGGCACGGGUACGCUGAUAAUCACUCUGGAGGACGAGAACGACAACGCUCCCUACGUCUUCCCCUCCGUGGCCCGCGUGUGUGAGGACGCUAAAGACAUGAAUGUGGUGGUGAUCGGGGGACGAGACAAGGACAUUCAUCCUAAUACGGAUCCUUUCAAGAUCGAACUUGGCAAGCAGCCAGGACUGGAGAAAACAUGGAAAAUCUCCAGGAUCAAUGACACUCACUCCCAGAUUAUGUUGCUGCACAGUCUGAAAAAGGCUAACUACAACCUGCCGCUGGUUCUGACCGACUCUGGCGUGCCUCCAAUAUCUAACAACACAGAACUGAAAGUUCAAGUGUGCACCUGUAAGAAGAACAGAAUGGACUGCAGCCGUGCUGGCUCCAUCCAAACAAACCUCUUGCUACUGCUCGGCCUGGUUCUGCUCUCCAUCCUCUGUAAGUAUCCUUUCAUUCCACCCCAACCUGUACGUUUUUGUUCCUUCAGGUAUUCCAUGGGCAGUGAUCCCGAUAACUGGCUAAGUAUAUCUGCAGACACCGGAUCGAUUAAAGUCGCAAAAGAGAUGGAUAGAGAAUCUAUUCAUGUUAAAGAUGGAAAAUACACCGCUAUCAUUUUGGCCACAGAUAAUGAAGUAAAACAAAAUCAAGCGACUGGCACAGGAACCCUGGUAAUUGAUUUGGAGGAUGUAAAUGACAACGCUCCCUUUAUUGUUGAAAGGAAUAUACAAAUGUGCAAUCGUGAGGCGCCCCCAGUUCUUCUCUCUAUAGUAGACCACGAUGGACCUUUAUUUGCUCAACCCUUUAAUGUUGAGCCCCAAGGAGAAACGAGUAAAAACUGGUCAACCAUAAUGAACGCCACAUUAACUGGAGUUUUUCUGAAACUCGACUCUACAUUGGAGCAGGGAGACUACAAUGUUGUCCUGAGAGUGUUUGAUAGAUACAAGCUGUUUAAGGACAGCACCAUUCGAGCAACGGUGUGUGACUGUGCCAGAGAAGAGUUUCAUUGUACUGACAAACAGUUAGCAGGGAUGGGACUGUCUGGAGUGCUUGGGAUCCUGGGAGGAAUCUUGGCUCUGUUGUUGCUUGUUCUUCUUCUGCUUUUAUUCAUGAGGAGAAGAGGCAGCACCAAAAAAGAACCCCUCCUCGCUGAAGAUGAUAUUAGAGAUAACAUCUACUAUUAUGAUGAGGAAGGCGGUGGAGAAGAUGAUCAGGAUUAUGAUCUGAGUGUGUUGCAUCGAGGCCUUGACAACAGACCGGAAGUGUUCAGAAUAGAGGAUGUGGCACCUACUUUUCUGCCAGCACCUCAGUAUAGACCACGACCUGCCAACCCUGAGGAGAUUGGGACAUUCAUUGAUGACAAUCUGAAGGCUGCGGAUAACGACCCCACUGCACCUCCCUAUGACUCCCUGUUGGUGUUUGACUAUGAAGGAGGAGGCUCAGAUGCAGGUUCACUCAGCUCCCUCAACUCUUCCAGCUCAGGACACGACCAAGACUAUGACUUCCUCAAUGAGUGGGGCCCACGCUUUAAGAAGCUGGCGGACAUGUUUGGAGGAGGAGAGGAUUAAGCACACGGAGAGGCACAUUGAUGGUUGCUAAGUACAGAAAUGAGAAUUUUAUAUUACACUUCAGUCUGGUGAUUCACAUACUGUUUAAAGUUGGAACUGGAUUAAUGGCACUGUUCGUGCAUCAGCAUAAACAGAUUCUUUGACUUGAAGUGUUUUUGUUUUGUUUUUUUGUUUUUCUUGUUAUAGAGCAGCCAUCUGCAAUUUUUUUUUUUUUUUUUUCGUCCUUGACUUGACCCCUUUAUAAAUGGAGCUCCUAAUCGAAAAGUUUUGAUAUUUGCUCUGGUUGCUCAGUGUGUAAAAAGCUAUGAUAUGGCUUAAGAUUUUUGUCCAAAGCUGUUUAACUGUGUGUUUUAUGUAAUGCUUUUUGUUACCUUUUGUUAACUUGGCAUUAAAGAUUGAUUUAAAGCAUGAUUUACACUGUAAAUGUACCAUUUUUGAAAAAGCACUGAUUUUUCAAAAACUUUGUAUGAUGUGCAGGUGUCUUAUUUCUAUCCACUUUUCUGUCAGCUGCAAGGAUGUUGUCAAAUUCUUUUAUAUAGUUAUGAUUGAAGCAUUGUUUUAAACUGCAUAUUUUAUUAAACAAAUUACUUUUA